AUGGGAUGCUGUAACGCGAGGUGCUGGUUGAUCACCGGUGCUGUUUUUGGAGCGAUUGUGGCCAUCCUGGGAGGCUUGCUCAUUCCACUGGGGAACAUUGUCAUUGAGGGGACAGUGAAGCAGGAAGCUGUCAUCGAGAACGGAACGACAGCCUAUGACAACUGGGUGGCGACAGGGGCAGUGGUGUUCAGGCAGUUCUGGUUCUUCACUGUGCAAAACCCCACAGAGGUCAUCGAGAAUGGGUCGACUCCAGUGGUGAUGGAGAGGGGACCAUACACCUACAAGACGAGAUUCCUUCCUAAAGAAAAUAUCACAUUCAACCCCAAUCAUACUGCAUCCUUCUUGUUACCGCUGGUUGCCAUCUUCGAGCCCUCCAUGUCUGUUGGGCCAGAGGAAGAGGAAGUGGUCAUUUUGAACUUGGCCGUUGUUAAUGGUACAUUUGAUGGUCCCUACAAUGUGUUUACUGGCAAAGAUGAUAUCUCAAAAGUGUCGAUGAUUGACAGAUUCAGAGGGGAAAGUAAAUUGGCUUUCUGGGGUGACGAAUACUGUGACAUGCUCAAUGGGACAGAUGCUUCUUCAUUUGCACCUUUCCUCGACAAGAAGAAGCCACUCUAUUUCUUCUCAUCAGACAUUUGCAGGUCAGUGUCUGCGAGCCAUAUGAAGACCUAUUCACUGAAAGGCAUCAAAGUGUACCGCUACUCCCUCCUAGCCUCCACGCUGGCCUCCCCCGUGGACAACCCCGACAACCACUGUUUCUGCAGGAACCCGGUGGUCACUAAGAACUGCACUUUGGCAGGUGUCCUGGAUAUCAGCUCCUGUCAAAAGGGAAAACCGAUCUACAUUUCCCUGCCCCACUUCUUGUCUGGGAGCCCCUCAUUGAUAGAGGCUGUGCAUGGCCUCCACCCCAACCCGGAGCACCAUGAAACCUUCCUGGAUGUCGAGCCGACAACAGGGUUUACUUUGAACUUUGCCAAGAGAAUACAAGUGAAUAUGAUGUAUGGUCCGUCCAAUGUUAUCACGGUGCUUAAGAAAGUUAAGGAUUAUACAAUGUUCCCGGUUGUCUGGCUCAAUGAGACAGCCACGUUGGAUGAUGCCACGGCUGACAUGAUCAAGACAGAGCUUGUGUCCAGGAUCAAUCUUCUGGCUAUGGUGCAGCAGGCCUUACUGGGCACAGGGCUGGCCAUCUUCAUCAUCUGCUUGAUUUCAUUCUGCUUUGUCAAACAGAACAAUGGCCAAGUCAAUUUUUUUUGA